UGCGGUCCGCUUGAUGGUAUCAGUCGGUUCGCAGCUUUGAUCGUAACGGGACGUGACAUUUCGCAGUCGCUGCUGUAAUUGAGUGAGAGCCUCGAUCAAAUCACCCACUUCCGGUUGCCUAACCAGCAGUUGCGUUCGCUAGGUGAGCAGCAAAACACAAGAUAGUUUUGUUAGUUAGUUAUAACCUAAUUAACAUUAGACGUACCUCUAGUGGAUCGAAGCAGUAGCCGAAUUAUCGAUCCGAAAGCAUUCUGUGCAGCAUCAAACGGAACGGAAAAGUUUUUGAUGUUGAUGUAGAGUGCAAUUGACCACCAAGUUUACUGGCGAGCAAGGCCGAGCCCGUGUAAAUUGACCGAAGGUAAAAAUAUACCCCUGCCCAAUGUGAGAGCUGCUGCAGAUAUGUAGGAGCAACGAGGGAAAUUCACACUCGAAACUCUACCGUGAACUCUCCGAAGUGGGCUACCGGUGUGUGUGUGUUUGCGUGUGUCCGGACGAGAACGUUUUCCACCGUUGCGAGUGGAAACCAGCCGUUGAGACCAGUGUGUAUAUGUGUGUGUUCGAUGCGACAGGACCUCCGCUGUUUACUGAGGUGUGUCGGUGUAUUAAAUACUCGUUUGUUUUGGCCCGCCACAGCAAGAGUGGAAAUAGUCUGGCCUGGCCUGGUCUGCCGACGGCACCAAAGGAUCAUUGAAACGGAAUCAAGCUAUCUGUCAAGGUUCGUUGUGUUUCCGGCUCUGUGCCGACAGAUCCGCUCGUAGGUGUAGCAAAGGAAAUAGUGAUAUCCGGGCUGAUUUUUGUUUUCUUCGACGUGGAAAAGAAGGUAUUAUCUAUGUGCAUAAUUUGGAUGAUACCAGUGUGAUAGGUGUAAACUGUUCGGAGUGAAGGUGUAAUAUAAUCGUAUUACUCGAACUAGGACGGAAGUGUCGUUCAGCUGAGAUUUGACUGUUUGACUGUCGGUGAGCUACGAGUCCCUGGUGGCCUCGAAUGAGGAGUAAUAGCAAGGCGACCGAGUUCGGCUAGCUUGCUUUGAAAGUUCAAAGAUCUAAAUGCCUCAUAGCAGCCGUCCGAUCGUAGGCCUUCGGAGGCUGCAAGCGCACAGACGCCGCCAUUGAACGGCGACCACAGCCCAAGUUGCCCCGUUACGGUGGCACAAAGUCCCCCGGCGGGCUCGACUUGCCCAACACCGUACCGUACCGGAUUUUGCAUUCCCUGGGAAGAAUGAUCAAAUCCUACAAACUGUACCUGACACUGCUGAUCAGUUCGGUGUUCAUUAUCCUGUGUCAAAAUCAGAUCUCGAUAGCGAAUUUUGUGAGCACUUCUUCAGCCGCUACAGCUGGCAGCCAUGUGCUCGCUGCAGGCGAUCCGGCUUCCGCCGUAGCAGAAGCCCUAAUCGAUCUGUCCGGUGAUGAUCGGGUACCGGCCAUUGCGGAUAAGAUCCGAUCACGGAGUCUCACAUUCAACGAUGUCCGACCGGGCCCGGGUACAAAAUCAACCGAUCGUACGACUACUACCUUAGGCACCAGUAGUAGCAGUAGUACUAGCAGCACUGUUAGUAGCACUGCAAGUUCUAGUACGUCGACUAGUACAACAACGUCCACGACAACCACUGCAGCACCUACCACAAGUGAUGGAUCGGCGCACAGUGAACAAUCAUCUAGUAGUAAUGGGAUUCCCCUCAAAUUCCCCGUGGACACCCGGCUGUUGCCCCCGCUGUACAUCAUCACACCGACCUAUCGACGACCGGAGCAGUUGGCGGAAAUAACCCGGCUCGGCUACACACUCAAACACGUCCCGAAUCUGUUCUGGCUGAUUGUGGAGGACGCCGAAAGCCGGACCGAAGCCGUAACAAGACUGCUGAAGCAAAUCAAUGUGCCAUUCGUUCAUCUCACAGCUCCCAUGCCGGCCAAAUACCGCAAAAUGAAGGUUAAACCACGUGGUGUAUCGAAUCGAAACCGAGGUCUGAAGUGGAUUCGAGCAAAUGCAACCGAAGGUGUACUCUAUUUUGCCGAUGACGACAAUACGUACAAUUUGGAAAUAUUCGAACAGAUGCGUUACAUUCGCAAAGUGGGCAUGUGGCCGGUCGGACUAAUCUCCAAGUACGGCGUAAGCAGUCCGAUCGUUGUCAACGGUUCGAUAACGGGUUUCUACGACGGCUGGAUCGGCGGUCGGAAGUAUCCUAUUGAUAUGGCCGGAUUCGCCGUCAGUGUUAAAUUUCUACUGUCUCGACCGAAAGCGGAAAUGCCAUUCAAGGCUGGUUACGAAGAGGAUGGCUUCCUGCGAAGUUUGGAUCCGUUGGAUUUGAAGGAAAUCGAUCUGCUGGCCUACAACUGUACGGAGAUACUCACGUGGCACACACAAUCCAAGAAAAAUCCUCCCGCAUUACCACUAAACUUGACAAAACAUGGUUCAACCAACCUGGUGAAAUUGACCCGAACAUUAGUUUAGAUGUAUUAGGUUAGGAUGAGGGAUGGACGGAAGCAGAACUCAAGUAAUAUUCGCCGAAAGGGAAUUGCAAUAAUUGAAUGCCAUAACGAAUCACAGGAAUUAUUUCCAAUGAUAUGGAACGAGGAGAGAGGAAUACUUUAUCAUAGGUGCUAUAUUUGAAUUUUACACUUAAAAAUGAUAAAAGAAUCUCUAUUCACAGCUUUUGAUUUAAAGCAAAUAAGUUUCGAUUCCAAAGUAGAUAUCUAAUCGUUCAAAGGGGUACUUAAAAUUAGGCGGUGAUAUGAAAAAAAAGUGGAACAGGAUAAGAACAUUGAGAUUGGUUUCAUCGAAUUCGACAUCCCCUAGCAAUGAAGACAUUCAAAUAAAAUAAACAAACAAGUUAUAUUGUAUUAUAUGAACCUUUAGAUAGGCGUUAUACCAAAAAUUACUAAAAACAAUCUAAUUUUAGUAAACUUCCAUUGCAGAUAUCUAUGCGUGUGAAUUGAACUGACCAAUCACUUCUUGAUUGAAAAGUUCCUCUCUUGUUGUACAUACAUAUGUUCCUUAUGCAUUGUUUGUUAGAUAAAUCCAUUCGAAUACUAAAGUCGAGUAAGGUCGACCGUUUGUCUAAUAACACAAACAACAGAAAUCUUAAAUUGCUAACUUUUCUAAUUAAAUUGCUAACUUUUCUAAUGCGAGCAUCUUCUUGUAAGCCAUGUACAUACUUUUAUGGACGAGCGAAACUCUCCAUCCAUAUCUAUACAAUAUUCUUUUUUCGACUUAGUGUAGCUAUUCCAAAGAAUUAAACCAAACAUAUUGUCCAGAAUCUCUACAGGAAGAGGCAAAUAUCAUUAAGCUAUUGUGCACCCAGUGCGGAAACGAAGUUACGACGAUGACAAGAGCAAUCUCAAAAGAACAGAAAAUAAACGAAGCAAAAUGCUCACAUGUAUUUCUUAUCGUAGUUAGUAAUGAUUAGCUCUAAUGUUGAACCGAUAAAAGCGGUGCCCAAGCGCCAUACGAAUGUAAUCAAGAUGAACCCAAAACGAGCUUGUCCAAGGGAAAAACUGUACCAGUACUACAAACAUACCAUUCGCUAUUUCCAUGUACAUUAUCGCCUUCAACUAUAGUUGAAUAGUUAGUUUAUUACGCUAACCAGCUGUACUAGCUAUUAAGUCCAAGCAUUUGGACUUUGCAGAGGGCAUAAAAAAGAUCUUCCGUUCUGUUUCAGUUGAUUAGUUCUUUCCGAAUAGUACUUUGAUUGUGAUUCUAAAACAGAAAACCUUUACAUGAAUGAAAAUAUCAAUAAACGAUGUUUCAAACAAUUUC